AUGACAAAGUUAUAUUUGAUAUUGUAUUCACAAAAAAACGAGGUGGUGGCAUCAUCACUUUUCGCAGCGGGCAGCGGAUUUAGUUGCAAAUCUCUGAGCAAGUUGCAGAACAGCAUGAGUCUUUUCAAGACUGCAAUGCAUGACAAGAACCAGGAGUCGACAUCAUACAAGACUUUCAAUGGAACCGUCGAGACCAUGAUUGACACAGACCCACUUUGGUUCAUCCUAGAGAAUGUGGAUGUCGGAGAUGCCACCGAUGAGCAGUCCAAUGGUGCUGUGAUUUCUCAGGUAUUAGCAAAUGCUGGUUUUGAGACACGAAUGAUCUUAUUAGAAGCAUUCAAUUUUGCGCUGCCACAGCGCCGAACCCGUCUCUUCAUCUUGGCUGUGAACAAGAAUCGUGCCACUGCUGAGCUUGCGAAUAGCCCAUCGGAGAUCUUAGAUAUGGCGGUGACAGAACUACUGCCUAUUUGCAAGACUGCUCCACUCCCAGUUGAUGCUUUCUUGGACGAUGACACCUCAGAUAGGGUUGUGAAUGAGCAACAGAGACGUCAGCAAGUGCGAACUUCAAAGAAUCGACGUACGGAAACCGAAGAAACUGAUGAGCUGGAUCUAGACGCAUCCCUCAAAGGGGGGAAAUGGAAAGAUAUGCACAUGCAAUUGGCAGUUUCCCGUGGGUUGACCUGGCCAUUGGAGUUGCCGACGGGCCUGACUGAGAACCCUUGGUUUGCAACACUACCAGCACGUGAGCAAGAGAUCAUCGCAUUUGUCCAGAAGAAGAACGAUGAGCGUAUCGCUUUGAACCAGUCACCAUAUCGAUUCGCGGACCUAUACCACAGUGCGAACCGCACUCCGGUGAGUGACGCAGGGGUGGUGCCAACGGUGUUGCCAUCUGGCACAGUUUGGGACUUUACCCGGUCUCGCCUUCUGACCGGGCAUGAGCAAAUGGGGUUACAAGGGAUUCAGAUGGAGUUUGCGCAUGAGAUUUCCAACAAUCAAGCACAGGAUCUGGCAGGCAACGCGUUUCCAGCUACAGUCGUGGCAGCUUUGCAAAUGGCAAUGCUAUGUGCAAUGCAGUUUCCUUCGGCCAUGGAGGACGUGGCCAUGGACCAAGUUGAAAGCCUUCUGAACAUGAUUCUGGGCUAA